AUGUCCGAUACUACCCCUACCGAGCCUCGGGUUAAGCCCACCAAGCCCGAUGAGGAGGCCUACAAGGCCAGUUUGGCUCAGGCUGAGAAGGAACACACUGCCGCUCAGGAGAAAUUGAAUGAAAUCAAGGCCAAGUUGGACGGCGCCAAGCCCAACAACCAGGACUCCCCCGUCGCCAAAAAGCAGCAGGAACUCCGCGCCGAACUCUCGUCGAUCCGCCAGAAGCAGUCCGGCUUCAAGUCCUCCCGGUCCAGCACCCAGGAGAAGAUCAAUGGCCUGGAAUCGACCCUGAAGGCUCGUAUUGCCGAGCAGAACAACUCGCGCAGCAAGAUGUCAUUCAAGAAUGUCGAGGAGAUCAACCGGGAGAUCGCCCGUCUCGAGAAGCAGGUCGACUCUGGCACUUUGCGACUGGUGGAUGAGCGCAAGGCCCUUUCCGACAUCUCGCAGUUGCGCAAGCAGAGCAAGGGUUUCGCCGGUCUCGAGGACGCCCAGAAGGGCAUUGACGAGCUGAAGGCUCAGAUCUCUGCGCUCCGCAAGACUAUGGAUAACCCGGAGGCUAAGGCCCUGAGCGAUAAGUACGCCGAGAUCCAGAAGGAACUGGAUGCCAUCAAGGCCGAGCAGGAUAGUGUCUACAAGAACCUCAACGCCCUGCGGGACGAGCGUACUAAGCUGCGCAACGACCAACAGAAGAAGUACACUGCCAUCCGCGAGAUCAAGGACACCUACUUCAAGGCCCGUCGUGCCUACAAGGAGUACGAGGAUGAGGCAUGGCGUGUGCGCCGUGAGCGCCAGAAGGCUGAGCGCGAUGCCUUUGAGCGCGAGAAGCGCAAGAAGGUCGCUGACAAGAAGCUCGAGGAGGCUUCUGCCCUCGCCUACGUCGACGAGAUCCUCACCGCUCAGGGCCUCAUCCGUCACUUCGACCCUACUUACGACUUUGCUGCUCUUGGCUUGGACAGCAAGAAGGAUGAGGGUAGCAACUUCCGUGCUGGUGUCGGCCGCACUGUGGAUGACUCUGCCAUCAAAGGCAUGAAGGUUGUGCGCAAGGAUGACGAGGAGGACUACUUUGUCGGCACUGGCGGCAAGAAGGGCAAGAAGGGUGGCAAGAAGGGUGGUGCUCCCGAGACCAAGUUCAACAUGAACGUCGGAAUUAUUGAGGAGUUUACCAAGGUCAAGAUUGAUCCCCCCAUGAACCAGUCGGAUGUCCCCGCUGCGAUUGAGAAGCUGGCCGCUAAGAUCACUGAGUGGAAGAGCACCCAGGCCAGCAAGACCGAGGAGAACAUUAAGAAGGCCAAGGAGGAGAUUGCCCGCCUUGAGGAGGAGGAGGAGAAGGCCGCCCGCAGCACCGACACCGCCAGAAAGCCCGCAAAGGCCAACGGUCUCCCUACCGCCGAAGCCGAGCUGGCCCAGGAGGAGGAUGCUGUUGCCGAUGCAUCGGAGGAGCUUAAGAAGGCUUCCCUGGAGGACCAAGCAUAG